AUGGCUUUGUCUUCGAUCUCAAAAAGGAGAUUCUUGGCCGCUUUCUUUUAUGUGGUUCUCUUUUCACAUGUCUGUUCUGGGUUUUAUCUGCCGGGAAGCUACAUGCAUACAUACUCAACUGGUGGAGAAAUAUAUGCCAAAGUCAAUUCAUUGACCUCUAUUGAAACGGAGCUUCCCUUCGGCUAUUACAGUCUUCCCUACUGCAAACCUAGUGGGGGAAUUAAGAAAAGUGCCGAGAAUCUCGGAGAACUUCUUAUGGGUGACCAGAUUGACAACUCUCCUUAUCGUUUCCGGAUGAAUAAAAACGAGUCUCUCUACCUUUGCACUACACAUCCAUUAAAUAAGCAUGAGGUAAAGCUCUUAAAACAGAGAACCCGUGAUCUGUAUCAAGUGAAUAUGAUUCUGGAUAACUUGCCUGCCAUGAGGUUCGCCAACCAAAACGGGGUUAAAAUUCAGUGGACUGGGUUUCCAAUUGGGUAUGCACCACCUAAUAGUAAUGAUGAUUAUAUUAUCAACCACCUCAAGUUCAGGGUUUUGAUUCACGAAUACGAAGGGGCUGGUCUUGAGAUAAUUGGUACUGGGGAAGAAGAUAUGGGUGUAAUUUCAGAAGCUGAUAAGAAAAAGGCUUCUGGGUAUGAGAUUGUUGGUUUUGUGGUUGUCCCUUGCAGUAUUAAGUAUGACCCUGAAAAAAUGAUAAAACUCCAUAUGUAUGACAACACUACGUCUGUUAACUGUCCACAGGAGCUUGACAAAUCUCAAAUAAUUAGGGAGCAAGAGAGAAUAUCAUUUACUUACGAGGUUGAAUUUGUGAAGAGUAACAUUAGAUGGCCAUCUCGAUGGGAUGCUUAUUUGAAAAUGGAAGGUUCUCGUGUCCACUGGUUCUCAAUCCUCAACUCUCUUAUGGUGAUCUUUUUCUUAGCUGGUAUCGUUUUUGUCAUCUUCUUAAGGACGGUGAGAAGGGACUUGACAAGGUAUGAGGAAUUGGACAAAGAAGCUCAGGCACAGAUGAAUGAGGAGCUUUCCGGGUGGAAGCUUGUUGUUGGUGAUGUGUUCAGAGAACCUAAUCACUCGAAUCUACUUUGUGUGAUGGUCGGAGAUGGGGUCCAGAUUACAGGGAUGGCGGUUGUCACUAUUGUAUUUGCUGCCCUUGGUUUCAUGUCACCAGCUUCGCGAGGUAUGCUGUUGACAGGGAUGAUAAUUCUUUAUCUUUUCCUGGGAAUUGCUGCUGGUUACGUUGGUGUACGUCUGUGGAAAACUAUCAAGGGAACCUCAGAAGGGUGGAGGUCGGUUUCUUGGUCAAUUGCGUGCUUCUUCCCUGGAAUCGUCUUCCUAAUUUUCACUGUGUUGAAUUUCAUUCUUUGGGGCAGCAACAGUACUGGUGCUCUUCCCAUUUCCUUGUAUUUUGUUCUCUUGUCACUCUGGUUCUGCAUCUCAGUGCCUCUCACCCUCUUGGGAGGAUUCUUAGGGACAAAAGCUGAGGAUAUCCAGUACCCUGUUCGAACUAACCAGAUUCCUAGGGAGAUUCCUGCCCGAAAAUAUCCCUCUUGGUUGCUUGUUCUUGGCGCCGGAACUCUUCCGUUUGGAACUCUCUUUAUUGAACUUUUCUUCAUCCUUUCCAGCAUCUGGCUCGGAAGGUUCUACUAUGUGUUUGGUUUCCUGCUUGUUGUCCUUCUAUUGUUGGUUAUUGUUUGUGCCGAAGUUUCUGUGGUCCUUACAUACAUGCAUCUUUGUGUCGAGGAUUGGAUGUGGUGGUGGAAAGCAUUUUACGCCUCAGGUUCUGUUGCCCUAUACGUGUUCUUGUAUUCCAUCAACUACUUGGUUUUUGACCUUCAGAGUUUGAGUGGACCAGUGUCAGCUACUCUUUACCUUGGCUACUCACUGGUCAUGGCAGUUGCGAUUAUGUUGUCUACCGGCACCAUUGGCUUCCUUACUUCCUUCUACUUUGUCCAUUACCUUUUCUCAUCGGUGAAGAUGGAUUGAAAAGUUCGUUUGGCAAUUCUCAUUGACUACUUGUGGAGACUCUGGUGCAAAAACAGAGGUAGUUUUUGCAGUCCAACAGUUUCAGUUUGCCAAUUUCCUUAGUUACACGGCCAUGUUGAGCCACAUCGACAGCCUAUCAGAUCAUUUGGUGAUUUCAUUUAAUGCCUGUUAUGUUUCUUCUUGAGGUUAGGGAAUUUCAUAGUAUUGAGGGUUUGAUUUAUGCAUCUCCCCGACUCUGACCUGGAAUUUUUUUUUUCUUUCUUUUAUUUUGUCCUUUCCACUCGUUCUUGCAUUGGAGAACUAGGAACUAGUUAGCUGUAAUGGAUCAAACUUCAUUACCUUGUACUCUUUUAUCAUUGAAUAGAAAGGAAG